AUGAUCAAAAUAUCACCGGCUCUUUUAAAACAGCUAUGGCUAACCUUUGGAGCAUCGCUGUCAUUUCUAGUCAUUGGACUUGUGAGGGGAUACUCGGCUUCUGCAAUCCCAUCGAUCGAAGAUAACGACCCUGCAAUCAUCCAAAGCAGUGAACAGAAAUCAUGGAUAGGUGCAAUCCCGCCUUUGGGUGCGUUUAUGGGCAGUAUGCUGUCAGGAGCCUUAAUGGAGCGCGUAGGUCGCAAGCGCACAUUACAACUUACCUCGCCGAUAUGGGUGGCAUCGUGGUUAAUACUUGGCUUCGCAAAAUACUACCCAUUGCUGCUGCUCGGACGGCUUAUCAGUGGUGUUGGAGUUGGGUUCGUGUUAGCCCCUGCACAAGUAUAUGUGAGCGAAUGUUGCGACCCUGAGAUCCGCGGCCGUUUGGGUUCACUACCAACACUUUCAAUGUGCUUCGGUAUUAUAAUAUCAUAUGUUAGUGGAAGCGUGCUCUACUGGAGGUACCUCGCUUUCUUGUCUGCUGUGUUCUGUGUGGCAUUAUUUGUGGUACUACUACCUCUACCCGAAUCACCCGUUUGGCUGCAGAAGAAAGGAUUAGACGCAUCAGAAUCCAUAAAAUGGCUACAUCUGUCACCGCGAGCAACUGCCACGGUUAAGGAAGACAACAAUGAGAAGUGCGAAGACCCAGCUACUCCCCCGAGCCUGUUCACAAGAAAGGUGUUCUUCUCGCCGAUGGUUAUAAGGCCUUUGGUCAUUGGGUUCGCACUGUUGUUGUUCCAACAGUUCAGUGGUAUCGAUGCUAUCAUCUUCUUCACUGUUGAAAUAUUCAGAAGCGCAGGAAGUACUUUGGAUGCUAUGACAGCCACAAUCGUAGUAGGCGUAGUCCAGUUUAUAAGUAGCGGAGUCAGUACUAUGUUGGUGGACCGCGCUGGACGCAGACCUUUGCUGCUCAUCUCCGCAGCUAUAAUGAGUAUUUCUAUGUUUUCCAUGGGAUCGACAUUCUACUUCCAGCUUAGGGAUUCAGCGUGGCUGGGGUACCUACCCAUUAUCAGUCUGGUGGUGUAUAUGUGGGGAUUUUCUCUUGGUUUCGGUGGUUUACCAUUCCUGCUGCUGGGUGAGCUGUUCCCGGCACACUAUCGCUCGCAGUUGUCGGCCAUGGCGAGCGGUGUCAACCUUCUUGCUAUGUUCUCAGUUAUCAAGUCUUAUCAUGCUCUCGACGCGGCACUAACACCGGCUGGUACUUUCUGGAUGUAUGGCUGCUUUAGCGCUGUGGCAUUCUUCUUCGUGCUGUUUGUGGUCCCCGAGACCAAGGGAAAGUCUCUUGCCGAGAUUGAGGAGCACUUCCGAGGUAGUAAGAAAGAGAAGAAGGAAAUCGUCAACAUGCAAACAGUAUUGUAG